CGGACCGAGGACCAGGGACCGUGGAGGACUUCCUGAGGAGGCAGUGUCCUCAGUGGGACAGCGGGAGUGUGGAAAGUGAUCGCUGCGCUCCGAUUGGUGGGCCCGCCAGCGCGACCCGCCACACCCCCCCAAUAUAAUCCCGGGGACGGGGGAGCGGCAGAAGCAUCGGCGAAGCUCUUUAUUCUCCGGAGAGGCGUUUUCAGCGGAGCUGCUCAGCAUGCUGAAGUUGCUGCUGGUCGUCCUUCUUAAGUCGCUGCUAACCAAUGGAAGCAACAACUUCCACCCGCUGGACUGUCAGGACAUCUAUGAGCACUACAAGAACCGGCCCAGCGCGGUGUACACCAUCUAUCCCAGUGACAUCUGGAAUCCCGUCAAGGUGUACUGUGACAUGAAAACAGAUGGAGGAACCUGGACAGUAAUCCAGAGGAGGAUGGAUGGCUCCAUAAACUUCUACAGACCCUGGGAUCAGUACAAGAGAGGCUUUGGAAACGCUGAAGGAGAAUACUGGCUGGGUCUGGACAACAUCCACAACUUGACUCGCAAGAAGAAGUACGAGCUCUACGUGGACAUGAUGGAUUUCACCGGACGCAAAGUGCACGCUCGCUACACCACCUUCUCUGUUGGUCCCGGCUGUGUGAAGUACACCCUGAAGGUGUCCGGAUUCACCGACGGAGGCGCCGGGGAUUCGCUGACGUACCACAACAAUCGCAAUUUCUCCACCUUUGACAAAGACAGCGACAGUGACAGUAAUAACUGUGCCAAGGACCUGCGGGCCGCAUUCUGGUACCGGGACUGCUACCAGACCAACCCCAACGGGAUCUACGCCUGGGGGCCGCAGCUGGACGGGGUGGUGUGGCACACGUGGAAGGGCUCCGACUACUCUCUGAAGGCCUUCAGCAUGAAGAUCCGCCGCGAAGCGGAAUAA